ACAUGGCGUCUCACGUAUCUGCUUGACUUAUGUCAACAACACUAAAACGCGGUUAAAGGUAAAUCGGGAUCUAUAACGACAUUAAGUAGUAAUACAUCUAAAGGGACGAUGAAACCACUGUUGACGGUAUUAACGCAAAUUCACAGACCAGCUGUUUACGUCACUAACUCGCGCUUUCUGAGCUCCGGUGCCAGCAGCGGCCUUUUACCGCUCCGUGAUGACGCUCCAAUCGUGGGGUCCAGCCGGGAGCUGGUGCAGAGGCUGGGCUCGCAGGUGGAGGUGAGAACGGACUUCAUCACCGAGAAGGAAGAGGCUGCUUUUCUGCAGGAGCUGGAGUCAGGCCUGAAGAAGAAACGCUACGAAUUUGACCACUGGGACGAUGCAAUCCAUGGGUACAGAGAGACUGAGCGUCUAAGAUGGGGGGCAGAGUGUGAGGAGAUCUUGAAUCGGGUUCGAUCUGUAUCAUUUGCUCAGGGUAGUCAACUCCUGGGCCCUGUGCACGUUAUAGAUUUGGACAAGACUGGUUACAUCAAGCCCCACAUCGACAGUGUCAAGUUCUGUGGCAGCACCAUUGCAGGCCUGAGUCUGUUGUCUGACAGUAUUAUGCGCUUAGUGAAGGACGACUCACCCAGCGAAUGGCUGGACUUGCUGCUUUCCCGACGCUCCCUCUACAUACUGAGGGACCAGGCCAGAUAUAACUUCACUCAUGAGAUCCUGAAAGAUGAGGAGUCUGUGUUCAAUGGGCAGAGAGUGCCUCGACGGCGGCGAAUUUCCGUCAUCUGUCGCAACCUCCCGGGAUAAUCUCCAGCUCUGAUGUCUGCUUUAAUAACAGCAGAACAUAAAUCCAGCUUUGAGGAUUGUGCCAGUGAUACUCAUGGAAGUAUUAAAGCUAAUAGUGACUAUAAAAUGGGGUGUUUAGGAUGUUUAUUGCACAGGUCAUGCUGUUGAAAAGACUGAAUGAUUAAAUGCAAAGAGCAUUCUUCUAAAUCUGCACUGGAUCCUGGAGCAGAUGACAGAUUUAAUUAAAUGUGUCUGAAUAUUGUUGUUGGUUCAACAUCAAAAUGUUGUAGGGAAGGGAUGUCCUUUGAUUUAGAUUUGUGUAUUUAUAUAAUAUCAUCACUUUGGUGUGUUCCUGUAAUUCUGUAUAAUACAGAGACUCUGUGCAACAUUUCCAGUGUACCUUACCAAAUAAAAUGAUCUUAAAUGCA